ACUACGUGGAACGGACUAAGAUCGACAAGGUCUGGUCACCGUUGGGCCUGAGGUUAAGGAAAACGCCACCACAGGCAAAUCGGAUAAUCCGAGGAGGCCUGCAGUUGUUAAGACCAAGAAGAAGAUCAAGGAGGCUGUCGUCCUCACCGCUUAGGGCUGAAAUUUGCAUCACGAUUCACGACUACGCUUUCCACCUACGAAAAUAACAGCUCCAGGUAGAGACAAAGAGAUUGAAGGGGAAUUUAGUAAUCUACAAUGAAGAAACUGGUAGAUUUCGGGAGGAAAGCUUUGUUCUAUAUUAGGGUUUUGUCAGGAUACGAGGAGCGUCAAAUCCGUUCUCAUAGAUUGCAGUUGCAGAAGCGUCUCCAAGAGGCAGAAGCUAGGAAGCAAGCUCUGAGAGGGAUCCCGGAAAAGAUAAUUUUGACAGAAGUUCGUCAUAUGGUAGAGGAGAUGCAAAAAUUUAAGAAGAAGUUUGAAGAAAUGGAGGUGGCUAUUGAAGAACACUUAAAACCGCUUGAUAUAGAAGCUCAAAUGAUAAUGAAAGAACAACUAGAAGGGGAAGAAAGGAACAUGAAAGAGAUGGUGAAAGUUAUGCAAUCCCAAGCUAUAAUGCGUCAAGCUGAAGAAGAAAGAUUUGCGGCUUUGAAGCAGAAAGCUGAACCAAACGAUGCUUCCACUGAAAAUGAAUCAGUAGAGGUAAAGAAAUAAGAGUCCCCCUAUAUUUUUUGGAAUAAUAAUGUAUUGUUAAAUUAUACAAAUUUUUGGUGCCAAAAAUUGAUAUGUAAUUCUCACAACUAGUACAAUUGCUAGUGCUUGAAUAAUUCUGGAUUUUGUUCAUCUUCCAUUUCUACUACAAUUGAGAGAUACUACUGUGAUUUUGCAUCACAUAAUGUUUAUUUACUUUAGCACAACUAUUGCAAUCAA